AUGCCUUUUGAUCCUCGCACAAAGUCGCGCAACACAACGACCCUUCCUGCAGCUCUCCGCGAUGAGCUCGGCCUGCCAGCUCCCUCUGCACGCAAGCGUCACGACCGCGCCAACCGGUUCAAUCCACGUAAUGGUCCCGGAAAGCCUCAACUCAGAGCGAUAGGUACACCACAGAGUGCACUUCAUGGUGCACCAAAGGGUGCCACGAGGGGCCCGAUUAAGUCUCUGCGCAAUCAAGAGAAGGAGCAGCAGCAGCAGCAGCAGCAACAACAUUCACAUCAAGGUUCUGCUCCUCAACCAAACAAGCAUCGUCAUUCCAACACGAGAGACGGUGCUUCCUCACACUUCUCUCCAUCAAGUCAGCUGCAAACCUCUCCUACAAAGCCUCAACAGAAGAGAAAGUCAGAGAAACAGCCGGAAGAAAUGCUGAAAGCGAUCAAGAGAACCAAAAACUCUCGAAAACAGCCCGUUGAACAAGCCGAACCCAUCGAACAAAAGACACGACUCAACCCCUUCACCGGCGAGAUUGAGGUGGUUAAGCCAGCAAAGAGAAAGAGCUCAUCUGAAAAGCCAACUGCUCUCGAAAAGAUGCUCAGACGCGCAGAGGAAGGUCCAUCGUUCUCGUCAAAGGGCAAAGCAAACACAACAGAUGCUCUUGCUGGAGGCAAGAAGAAGAGCAGACGACAAAUGAGUCAGCAGGAGAAGGAAGAGGAGGAUGAGAUCCGUUGGCUCGAAUACAGCCUUGGAAAGAGCAGGGAGGGCAAGGACGUGGUAAGAGAUGAUUUGGAUGAUUUCUUGGAUGACUUGGAUCGCUUCCAGGUUGGCAUGUAUGAUGAAAGCAAUAGUGAGGAUGAAGAGGAUACCGAUGAGGGGAGCAGCGAUGACUCUGGACUGCAAGAGGCGACUGCUAGCCAGGAUGAAGAGGAAGAUAGUAGUGCGAGCGAGGAGAGUGAGAGUGACGCAGAAGAUGCGAGCGAAGACGGACAAGAUCAGGAGUCUAGUUCGAACGAAGUUGAAGGAAUGUAUGAUUUCGAUUCCAACGACGAGGACGACUUCAGCAACUGGGAUGCUGCGAUGGCGACCACGGACGAGGAGGGUGACCAGGACGAUGACCAAGUAGAGGAAGAUGCCAGUAGCGGAAACGAGAACACUGAAAGUGGUGACGGUGAUUCAGACGAUUCAGAGGCUGAAGAGGCACGCGCCCUCAUCUCUGGCGAUGCACCGGCAUCCGUAGGCUCAUCAAAGCCUAUCACUGCCUUGACCACCACUGCUGUUGCCACCACCACAACAACGAAAUACAUCCCACCAGCUUUACGCGCCAAGCUCGCUGCUGAAUCCUCCUCCGCUGCUUCCCCCUCGAAACCCUCCUCGGGACCUGGCGUUACAGACGUUGAAAUGGACCCUAUCACCACCCAAAAGCUGCGACGUCAAGUUCAAGGCCUACUCAACCGUCUCGGUGACGCCAACAUCGAUACAAUCCUCACCGAGUACGAAACAAUCUACCGAACCCACCCGCGCGCGCACGUCACUUCGACCGUCACCCAGCUUAUUCUCGACACGAUCACCUCUCGCUCCAACCUCGUCGACACGUUUGUCAUCUUGCAUGCUGCGCUCGUCGCUGCGCUGCACAAAGUGGUUGGGGUAGAGUUUGCUGCUUUCUUCAUCACGCGUCUCGUCGAGGAGCUCACCAAGCACUACAACGCGCUGAACGAGGAUGGCGAUGCAGGAAAGCAACAGGAUGCGGAAGAGGACGUCAAGGGGAAAGAAUGCCUCAACCUGACAGUCUUGGCUUGCGAAUUGUACAACUUGCACGUAGUGGCGUGCCCGCUCAUCUACGACCUCAUUCGCAUGUUUCUCGGUCAACAGCCCGGUACCGCACCCGACGAUGAUGCAACGCGCGCAGCAAAGGAUCGACGAGGUGUAACGGAGGUGGACAUAGAACUGUUGCUGAAAACCAUCCGUUCUUGCGGAUUUCAGCUUCGAUCUGACGACCCCAGCUCUUUGAAAUCGAUCAUUUCGCUCACUCAAUCGCGCGUUGCGUCGACCACCGCGUCGACCCGUACCAAGUUCAUGCUGGAGCGUAUGACGGAUUUGCAGAAAAAGACGUCCAGCAAAUCGGGGGCGAAUGACGCGUCGAAUCCCAACAGUGCAACCGGCCAACUUUUGACACGAAUGAAAAAGUUCCUGGGUGGGAUGGGGAAGAAGCGCACAGUGCGGUCGUACGAAGCUCUGCGGAUCGGGUUGAAGGAUCUCGAGGACGCGGAUAAGAAAGGAAAGUGGUGGCUGGUGGGUGCUGCAUGGACGGGUCAAGUGGAUCAGUCAGAUGCAGCGGGGCUGACCAAGUUGCUACCGAUGAAUGCGCGCGCAUCCGCGAUCCAAUCCUCUUCCGAGGCGACGUGUUCGACUCAGCAAGACACGCAGCAAGCACAGUUGUUGGAAUUAGCCCGAUCGCAAGGGAUGAACACCGACGCGCGCCGCACCGUCUUCAUCACGCUCCUCACCGCCGAAGACUACCGCCAAGCUGCCGAGAACGUGUUGAUGCUCAAGCUGAACGACGUGCAACGACGCGAAGUUAUCCGCGUGCUCGUGCACUGUGUAGGGUCUGAAUCCACCUACAACCCGUACUAUACGCUGAUCGGCCAGGAGAUCUGUCGCAACCAACACAGCAUGCGCAUUACAUUGCAAUACUGCCUCUGGGAUUUCCUACGCGACAUCGGUCAAACCCAGGUGGGAGGCGAGAAGUUUGCGGCGGCCUUGUUCGACACCACCGCCACCGCCACCGCCGAGGACGAGCAGAACAAGGUCGAUCCUCGUCGAAUCGGCAACCUGGCGCAAGCAUAUGCAUGGUGGAUCUCGAAAGACUGCCUGUCGCUCCAAGCGUUGAAACCGGUCGAUUUCACACUCCUCCAACCGCGCCCCGCCCAAUUCCUCGGUCUGCUGCUCAUCCACCUCGUCCUUUCGGUCCAGUCCAAAUCCGCUGCCAAGACGCUCCACCUUGCCACCGUGACAGCCGAGCUCAAGCAGGAUAAGCUCGCCAAGUUGGUCCAGGGUAAUCUGGUUGGUGGCAGUGUGGAUUUGUGUCGAGGAUUGCUGUUGUUUUUGAACACAAAGUUGGAUGCUAGGGCACAGAGCAAGCUGAUCUUGGGCGAGGAAAGGGGGCUCAAGCAUAAGAUGGCGCCAUUGCUCGAGGUAGUGAAGGAAGGCUUGCAGGUGGUCAGGAGGACGGUGCAGAUGAUUGUUCAGCAAAUGGACGGACUCGCAGACGGUGCCGAGGACGAGAUGGAUAUGGACAGCGACGGCGACGGCGACGAUGACUACUGA